GUCUUCAAGUGACGCUCGGAAAUUUCGAAAUUUUACCGCGUUGCGCUCUUUGGGGAACACGGAAACAGAGAAGCACGCAAAUGUUAGGUUAAUAACUAAAUUAGUCGAUAAUUUGAUAUUUUAGUAAUUAAAUCCAGAUAAAAAAAGACUGUGUAUUUGGGUAGAGAACAUUUGCUUUCGCACUACAUCUGUCAGAGAUCAAUAAAAACAAUGCACACUCUCACAUAAAUUAAAUCUACAGGAUAGGCAGACUCCUCUGGUCUCACAUGAGCACGAAUGAGGAGACUCUUUCUGCAAGCAGCUGUCAUUAUCAGCACCAGAGAAACCACUGCUGGCACUCUCAUAAAAGAAAGUUCACUGGACAACUGAGUGUGUUUUAUUACAGCAGAUUGUUACUAAGCAGUUAGAGCCACCACAACGCAUGAAAACUCAAGUCUUCCUGUGAAAAAACAGAACUGCCCCUCACUCUGUGUUUCAUCCUAAACUGGACUGAUAAUGGAGAUGUCUUGUGAGUCAGUGAGGCAUGGAGAGGACAGCAGGAGACCAAACAGUUGCAAGUUUGUGGAGCUCCAUGUGCUCUUUGUACCAGGUGAACAGUGGAAUGCUAAACUUAAUAAAGUUCCAGCUGAAACCACAGAGAGUUUCAUAUCUGCUGGAUUCAUCAGGGUUUAUCCUGACAUUACCCUGAAAACUCUGAGGAGAGAGCUGGAUGCUCUCUUUGGCACUGAGAGGAACAUCAGCAAAUACUCCUUCCUGAAAUGUGUGGGUCGCAGUCUGGCGUUGGUCAAAAGAAAACAGGAGGGAGACCUGAAGGUGAAAACAUUUGCCCCACCCUAUGCUGCACAACCCGAACUUUACCUGCUGCCCACCAUGGAGACAGACAUCAGUUUCUGCUCCCAGUCUUUCACCCCAGACACCAGUAGCAGUUCCCCAGACCAGCAGAUCUAUUACCAACCACCCAAGACGUGCAGCCUGCCAAUGGGGACAAAAGAGCAUGUUAAAUUUCCCCACAUCCCCCAAUGUUCCCAGCAGCCACCUCCCACCUCUGUGCUGGAAGAGGAGGAGGAGGAGGAGGAGGAUGAACAGGAUGAGGAAGACAAUCAGAGUUGCAUCUCCUCAGAAGAAGGAAAUGAUGAAGAAGCUCUGUGUUCCAUCAGGAGAGCAGAGGAGGAAAGUUGCAGAGGGAAACCGCAGAAUCAAAGAGCACUGCAGCUUGUUUCACUGAAAAAAGCUCUUGAAGAUGAUCCAGUGAAGCCAUAUAGACAGGGAAACCUCAGAAAGAACAAAUAUCACAGAGACCGAGACUCAAGAGCAGCUGAGUCUCUUGAGGAUAGAGACUCCGGCUUCUCCCUUGCAGACAGGGUUGAAAAAUCCAAAGAUGUACUCAUGCUGAAAUCCAUCAGAAACAAUCCAGCAUCUGGGGUGUCAGAAAGUCCAGCAGUGAUGUCUCGGCCUGUUCACUGCACCUCCCCUCCUCCAGGUCUAGCAGCUAUUUCUCCUCCAAUCUUUCACACAAACAGAGAGGCAGUAAUUAAGGAAAUCAAGCUGGUGAAGGAAGAGAGGAAGCAGCUUGAAUGGAUAAGACAAGAGCUGCUGAGAAAAGGGAAAGACUUAAUAGCCCAAAACAGACACCGCAGGAACCAAGCACGUGACAGCUGGAAAAAGAAAUACUUUGAAACCAAGAAGGCCACUACGCCGUUGGAGGACAAUCAAAAAACUUUGAGACAAGAGCUGGACACAUUUUACAACAAACUCCUACACCAACUCCAGGCCAGAGACAACAGAGGAAGACCAAGACGGCAAGGGAGAACUUCAGUUAAGAAUGAGCUCAUCAUUCAGAUCAUGACGGAGAACUAUGAGAUUGACAACCUAAAAAGGAAGAUAGAAGAUGCAAAGAUGAAGUUAAUAACAGAGAUAAAGUUGAGGAUGCAAGCUGCUACAGAGCUGAGAGCCCUGAAGGCUGAGCUAGCCCAGAAGAAGAGUCAGUCAUCUCAUCCUGCACUGAUGGGAAACACUGGAUGGGCCAGACUGUUCAAUGGGUCUUAAAGGGAUUCAAUGUACAUGAUGAAUGCAAGCCCUUCUAUAAAGCUUAAUU